CAACGUGUUUUCAUAGAUGACAGUUUCCAUUUAUUUGUUUAAUUUUUCAUUUUACUUCGAGUCGUGUUUGAGUGAAAAUGAGUAAUUUGACCGAUGGACAGAGAAUUGAAUUGAUAAAGAAGAAUAUUGGAAGUUUUCCUGGUUUCCCCAAGGAAGGAAUAUUAUUUCACGACAUAUUCUCUGCAUUAACCUCUGGCGAUGUUUGUGUUGCAUUGAAGGACUUGCUCGUAAAUUAUGUCAGAAAAAAUCAUCCAGACGUUGAUGUCAUAGUUGGUCUUGAAGCCAGAGGCUUUCUAUUCAGUUUAUUGCUGGCUGCCGAGAUUGGAGUAGCAUGCGUUCCGAUUCGUAAAAAAGGAAAGUUGCCAGGCGAAUGUUAUUCAUAUUCGUACGUGCUGGAAUAUGGAAGUGAUGAGGUGGAAAUUCAGAAGAGCAGUAUUAAGGCCGGACAAAAAGUGAUUGUUCUCGAUGAUUUAUUGGCAACGGGAGGAACGCUUGAUGCUGCGACAAAGCUGUUGAAAAUGGCAGGAGCAAAUGUCGUUGAGUGCAUCGUUUUGAUUGAAUUGAGUGACCUGAAAGGAAGGGAAAAGAUUCCGGAGACCAAUGUUCAUUCCUUUAUUCAAUAUCCAGUCUAAAUGCACAGACUCUAAUCCACAGAUGACAUUCCAUUUGAAUUAAGGAUUUGUUGUUUAUAUGAAAUGGAUACAUCUUACACGUGUGUUUUGUAAAGUAUUAUGCAUUUAAUAGAGAUUAUAUUGAACCGA